CGGGCGGGGAGGGGGCUGUGUCCUCGGGGGGCGUGGGGGGGCUGAGGGAUUUCCUCCCCCCUAUUGUUCUCGUCCCUCCGCGCCCCCCGUUAAUCUCCCCUCAAUCUGGGGCGGGGGCGGGCGGGGGGACCCCCCCAGUCCCGCCGGUCCAUGGUGAAGCGGAGGCGCCGGCAGCACCCAGAGAAUGGUGAAUAACACUGAAGACCCUCAAGAGGCUUUGUAACGUCCCAUCCUCAUGUAAAGUAUGCUCAGAACUUUUCCAGUAGUCUGGAAGUAUGUUGGAUUUCAGUAUUAAAAUCACCACUUGAAAUUGUAAAGAUCUGGUUCGCAGCAGGAAAGAAGUCUGAAGCCUGCUGGAAACCAUGUCUCACUACACAGACGAGCCAAGAUUCACCAUAGAGCAGAUCGACCUCCUGCAGCGCCUGAGACGCACGGGAAUGACCAGGCAUGAGAUCCUGCAUGCCCUGGAAACCUUGGACCGCCUGGACCAAGAGCAUAGCGACAAAUUCGGGAGAAGGUCUGGCUACGGAGGCGGCUCCUACGGCAACAGCACCAACAACGUCCCGGCGUCUUCCUCGACGGCCACGGCUUCCACGCAGACCCAGCACUCCGGGAUGUCCCCGUCCCCGAGCAACAGUUACGACACCUCCCCACAGCCUUGCACUACGAAUCAGAACGGGAGGGAGAGUAACGAGAGGUUGUCUGCCUUCAACGGGAAGAUGUCGCCCACCCGCUACCCCCUGGCCAACAGCCUGGCCCAGAGGUCCUACAGCUUCGAGGCUUCCGAGGAGGACUUGGACAUCGACGACAAAGUGGAGGAGCUGAUGAGGAGGGACAGCAGUGUGAUAAAGGAGGAAAUCAAAGCCUUCCUCGCCAACCGGAGAAUUUCCCAAGCAGUUGUUGCACAGGUAACAGGUAUCAGUCAGAGCCGGAUCUCCCAUUGGCUGUUGCAGCAGGGGUCGGACCUGAGUGAACAGAAGAAAAGGGCAUUUUACAGAUGGUACCAGCUUGAGAAGACAAAUCCUGGGGCUACACUAAGCAUGAGACCCGCUCCCAUCCCAAUAGAAGAGCCAGAAUGGAGACAGACGCCUCCCCCAGUCACAGCUACCUCUGGGACCUUCAGACUACGGCGAGGCAGUCGGUUCACGUGGAGAAAGGAGUGCCUGGCUGUUAUGGAGAGUUACUUCAAUGAGAAUCAAUAUCCCGAUGAGGCAAAGAGAGAAGAAAUUGCCAAUGCCUGUAAUGCAGUUAUACAAAAACCAGGAAAAAAGUUGUCGGAUUUGGAGCGAGUCACCUCCCUCAAAGUGUACAACUGGUUUGCCAACAGGAGGAAGGAGAUCAAGAGAAGAGCCAAUAUCGAAGCAGCAAUCCUGGAGAGCCAUGGAAUAGAUGUACAGAGUCCGGGAGGUCACUCCAACAGCGACGACGUGGACGGCAACGACUACUCAGAGCAGGACACUUGGCAAGUACGCAACGGGGAGGAGGAGGGACGAUGUUCCGAGGGAGGCAGAGAAGCAGAGAAGGUAGAAGAAGACAGGAGGAUCUGCUCCAAACAAGAUGACAGCACUAGCCAUAGUGACCACCAAGACCCCAUUUCCUUAGCCGUGGAGAUGGCAGCAGUCAACCACACCAUCCUGGCGCUGGCCCGGCAAGGAGCCAACGAGAUCAAGACAGAGGCUCUGGACGACGACUGAUGCCAAGAAAGGGGAGGGUCAAAGCAAGAAGUAACUUAGUUUUAGACGUAGCACCUUAGCAGACUUUCCUCGGUCCUUAAUAUGUGUUCUUACAGUAUAACUUUGCAGUUUCUUGUACGUCAGUUAGCUGUUAGGGUCUUGUUCUGUGAAGAUGGCAUGGUGCCCUCAGCCUUUGCAUAUACUCUCUCAGUAUUAAUUCCCAAUAAAUAAUCAAUCAACCAACCAACCUCCCUCUCCCGGCCCCCAGUGGCUAGAAAGGUAAAAUCAAAAAAAAAAAAAAAAAAAAAAAAAAAAAAAAAAAAAAGGAAAAAAAAAAAUCUUGCUGCUCUGUCUUAGCAUUCAAAGUGCUUCCAGGUAUUUUAGACAGCCCUCAAUUACAAGUCUUAGGCUACACUUAAAAUCUUGGAUAACCUUAGAGAUGGUGUUGAAACCGAUAGUCCGUACGCUUUCCCUGCCCUGAGACUGAAAGGAUGCAAGCUGAGGUAGUGGCACAGGGUCGAUGGACACCAGACUGGGAGUAUCAACAGAGAGUAAAAAGAACACUUAGAAACCCCACUCCAGCAUGGGAAUAAACGAUUUCCAGCUGCAAUAAGCCGUGCCUCACUGGUCAUACAGUGACUCCGUUUACUUUCGGGUGCUGUGCCGAGAAUGUCCAUUGGAAACACAUUCCCACAUUUCAGUUGAUGCUCACAUAUUCAACACAGACAUCCUCUACUCUCACAAGCUGCGUGGCUCAGUGGAGAAGUGCUGCCUUCUGCCUCUGCGACCAUGGUUGAAGCCCAGCCUGGGAUCAAAUGAAAAAUGAGCUGAAUGUCUAAUGGACAACAGUCCACUUCUCAGAACCACUGCUCGUUCUUGGCAUGGCUGGCAGUGCCUGCUCAGAAGAGGUCUAGACUCUUACCCAUCCGUCAUUAACAAUUUCACCUUUAAUUCCUCCUCUCUCACCUUUUCUGUGCCCACUCUACUCCCCUCUCCACUUUGCCACUUUCGAAAGCAAUGUUUUCCAGGAAGGUUGUUAAGGUCCUAAAAUGGGUGAGUGGAUUUUUACACGCCUGUGUAAGUAAUGCCUACGUCCUGACUAGCCUGAAAGGUUACUGGAGAAUUUGACAUCUGACCAUUGCUAGAUAACCAUCAGAGCAUAAAUAUUCUCCUAAAUAUGAACUUUUUUUGUUUGUUUGAAGGCAGGAGGAUCUCUUACCUGAGAAAUGGGGUGUGAAUGUUUUGUGUUCUCUUUACUCUGUUAAGGUGUGAGAAAGCUAUACUGCUACGAGCAAUUUAAUUAAUAAUUGGAAGCCAUACUGAUAAUGGAUGUGGUAAUAUUUGUAAAGCAAACCUACUCUAAGUAGCAGGAACUAAUGGAAUUGUUUUCCUUGAUCAUAUGUAGCACUUUUGUUACUUUUUUCUUAAAGAUAUUUAUAUUUGAUAAGUCUUUUUUUUAUCAUUUGAGAAUUCCAAAUACCAAACAACAAACUUGCAUUACAGAGUCACCCUGCGAUCACCUUGUCAUCUAGUAUCUAAAUGAUGAACUGUGUGUGCAUCUAAGAAAAUUACAUCUGCUAGCAUUGUGUGGAAAUGAUCUCCUGGCAUCCUGAUAAAAUGAUAUGUUGCUGCCGGUAAGAGGAAACGUUUUGAUGGAAACAGCACGAGAAGCGUUAGAGACGGGCAGGGCUGUGUUACAUUAGCAGAGAACAAAUUAAAAACCUACAGAAAUUUUUGUAAAGAGACACAUAUAUAAAAGUUUGCAUAGCGUUUCCUCCACAUUCUGCUUUAUCUUCCCAGUUCGUGUGGGAGUAGCUUAAAGAGGGGAAAACAGCUCAAGGAUGGGUUUCCCUUUGCUCCCCUCCACUUUCGAGGUGGACGAAGGGAAGUUCCUGUUACUCGCCUUGUUCUCAUCCCUUCCUCCCUCUUAACCCUCAGAGAGCUUCAUGACCUCUCCAGUGUGGCUCCUCAGCAGGUUUUGAGCCAGGCUGAGCCCUCCAGAUCAGCUGCCCCUCUGUCCAUGUGGAGCAAACUGCUCCCCCACGUGCCGAGGAGAUCCUGUGCUCUCAGAGGGCUCUGCCGUGCCACCUCUUUGUCCCUUGGAAGAUCUAUAGGUAGGGCUUGGCCUCGCCUUCCACUUAUGGAUUUCAUUGGAGAAUUUAUGUGCUUUCCUUAGAUACAGAUCACUGGAGCAGAAUGAAGCCAUCUUUUUUUUUUUUUUUCCUGUUUUAUUGCAUUUCUUGAGUAGGCAAAUUCAUAAGUAGUGUCAGGGUGGACUCAGGAAAGGCAGGACUUGGAUCAGUGACCAUUGCACCACUGCAGUUAUUUUCUUACUGCCUGUAUGAAUGUUUUGGUACUUAGGAGUGAAAGGAUGGGGAGAGCUUUUAUUUCUAUUUUUGCACAGCAGAAUGAUCGAGCAAACUCGAGCCUUAGUGGAAUUUUACCUACUUAUUCAUUCCACAGUCACACACUGAGCUGACAGGCAACAUCCACGAUUUAUAGUAAGGAGAUUUUAAUAAUCGAUGACCUCUUUACAUUGGGCUUGCCACCACCAUUUGUUCUGGCUGUUUCAUUUUAAAAAGAACAGACUCAAACUGUUGGACAGCUGCAAUUUUAAAAGAAAUAUUGCUUAUUGCUUACUAUAGUAUCUGUAAAAAAAAAAAAAAGGCAUUGUUUGAGGCUUUGCCUUUUUAAAGCAACAGGGGAGAAUAAAAAUAGUAUUAGAACUUCGUAUCCUGAUUACAGGUUUAUGUGAUGCAGGAUCAGAGAAAC